AUUAGUUGAACGAUUGGAUUUAUUUACUAUUCUGCUCCGUCAUUGUGUUAGGAUAAACUUUUAGAUUCGACCUAUAAGAAAAAAUCAUGGAUAGCAAUAAAGAUGAAGCAGAACGGUGCAUGGAACUUGCGGAACGGUAUCUUCGUGAAAAGAAGUACGAGGAUGCUGAAAAGUUUAUGCGUAAAGCAUACAAACUUUAUCCAACGAAGAAGGCAGAAGAUGUAUUAGCAAAAGUGGUAAUGUUUUCGAAACAAAAUCAAAAGUCUGAGUCUGAACCUACUGUUAGAAAACGUCAAACUGCACCUAAGGAAGCUUCACAGCCUCAAGUUUCUACAGAGUAUACAAAGGAACAACUCGAAUAUGUUAAAAGGAUUAAAAAAUGCAAAGAUUAUUAUGAAAUUUUGGGUGUAAGCACAGAUGCUACUGAUAGUGAUAUCAAAAAGGCAUAUAAAAAGCUAGCGCUUCAGUUACAUCCAGAUAAAAACAAAGCACCAGGUGCUGCUGAAGCAUUUAAAGCUAUUGGAAAUGCUGUCGCUAUUCUUACCGAUGUGGAAAAGAGAAAACAGUAUGACAUGUAUGGCCCUGAAGAAGAUAGAAUGCAAAAUAGUCAAAGUCGUCAAAACCAUGCACACUUUAACUACACAAGAGGAUUUGAAACUGAUAUUACUGCAGAAGAAUUGUUCAAUAUGUUCUUCGGCGGUGGGUUGCAACAACAGGACUUUUAUAUGAGGCGUGUUGAUAGAAGAUGGAUGAGACAACAAGAUGUACAAAGUCAGCACCCUCGUACUCAGCAAGCAAAUGGAUAUACCACAUUCCUUCAGAUGUUGCCUGUACUGUUAUUAAUAUUAUUAACUAUGAUGAGCAGUUUAUUUAUAUCAGACCCUGUAUAUAGCUUGCAUUCUAACGCAAAAUAUUCUGUACUGAGAACAACUCAAGGAUUAAAGGUGCCAUACUAUGUCAAAGAAAACUUUCACACUGAAUAUCAAGGCAGCUUACGUAGACUAGAAAUUUCGGUUGAAGAGGAAUACUUGAAUAAUUUGAGACAUGCCUGUUACAGAGAAAAAAGUUACAGGGAAACAAUGUUAUGGAAAGCAAGAAACUUCGGCGAUCAAGAUUUAUUUGUGAAAGCUAAAAAUAUCGAAAUGCCCUCAUGUAAGAAGGUGCAGGGAAUGCAAGGAGCAUAG